AGUCGACGUGUUAKUUCAUGCUUUCAAUCAAACGCAAGGCCAUCUUGAAGUUUCGCUUUCUAACAGGAAGUUUUUUGAUUGAAAAUGACGUCAACGAUUGUAACACAGAUUGAAGAUAUUGAAAAGAAAAUAGCCAGUUAUGAAGACAGACUCGAUAGCAUUGAUAGAAGCUUGCGACUCAGAGAAAUGCCGAGCCAAGAAAGAGAAGACCUYUUGGAAGAAGAAAAACAAAUUAAACGUGAUGUCCAAGAAUGUCAACAACAGCUGAAAUCGUUAAGAAGCGAAAACAGAAAGACAAUGCUUGUGUCRGUGGUUGUUCUUGCAGUUGUAUACUUGGUAUAUUCACUGUUUUGGUCAAAAUAAUAAAUCAAAGUCUCAA